CUUGUUCUACGUUUAACUAAAGGAAAAAUAACGAUUGUCUGAAAUGGCCUCUAGUCAAAUUCCCGAUUGGGUUACUGCAGACCUGUUCGAGGAUUUGCUCAAGGCGAAUGUCGAAGGAUACUCAAAAGUGAAGAAUUUUAAGGCAGUCAUUGGAUCUGCGGCGGGUGAAAAUUAUGCCACGGUUAUGCUGCGAGUUAAAGUCGAGGUGGAACUGAAGGACGGAAAAUCGAAACCCGUGUCUUUUAUGGUCAAACUGCCCCACCACCUGGAGGCACUCCAGGAGAUGACCAAAAGGAACCACUUCUUUGAAAUUGAGCGCACCAUGUACAACGAGGUUGUCCCCGAGAUGGAGGCGAUCUACAAAGCAGCGGGUGUGGACAUUACAUUCGGUGCCAAGAGCUACGAUCUAAAGAAUGCCAAGAGCGACUAUGUGGCGCUGGAGGACCUGGGAGUCAAGGGAUUCAAGAACGCCAACCGCCUUGAAGGACUCGAACAAACGCACACGGAAAGGGUCCUUCGAAAGCUGGCCCAGUGGCAUGCGGCAUCCGCAGUGCGAGUGGCCACCAAGGGUCUAUACCCUGAUAUCCUUCUGCAGGGAUUCUUCAAGGAUGACAACCGCCCCAUGAUGACGGAAACGAUGAAGGGAAUGGGUGCCAGAUUCCACAAAAGCUGUCUUACCUACGAAGGACACGAGCUUUUUAUUGACAACGUUAAAGCAUUACAAUCCGUAUUUAUCGAUAAAAUGUUUGAAAUCGGCAAGCCCGAUCCAAAUGAGUUUAAUGUGUUGAACCAUGGCGACCUCUGGUCGAAUAAUAUUAUGUUUCAGUACGAUGCUUUUGGAAAGAUCAAGGAGGUUUAUUUGGUCGACUACCAGAUCCCCAAAUAUGGCACAGUGGCCCAGGACCUGCUGUACUUCCUAAUUUCUUCCACAAAGCUGGAGGAUAAGAUUGCAAAGUUCGAUUAUUAUAUCAAGGUUUACCAUGACAACCUGGUUGAACACCUGAAGAUUCUGAACUACAAAAAACCAAUUCCCAGCCUUCGUGAUAUUCACUUCGCCCUGUUGAAGUAUGGAUUUUAUGGUUACGCAGUUGCCUCUGGUGUGAUGGCCGGCGUUCUUCUGGAUCCCACGGAGGCAGCUAGUUUCGAGAAAUUCGUUGGUGAGACCGAAGCGGAUGUCGACUUUCAGAUGCAGCUGUACAACACUCCUCGUUUCCGCAAACACAUUUCUGUGGUCAUGCCAUGGCUUCUAAAUCGCGGCUCCUUGGAGAUCUAGGAAGUGGUUGGGAUACUAAGGUGACUAACCCACCGACUAUGUCCUGAAAAAAGAUAGCCAUAUUUGGAAAAUAAUAUAUGUUGGAAUUUAAAACGUAUUGAAAUUGUGUCUAACACCCCGUUGCCUAAUUUGUAGUCAGGGAUACACCUGAGUCAUUAAAGAAAAUAAAAGAAGAUGGCUUUAA